GGUCUUCUUAACCGUGGCUCAGUAUAAACUAAUGCUUUGAUCCUUUUAAGGUCUAACUGCAAUUUUACGGUUUGUGGGGUUUUCUAAGAAGCUGCUCUGGGUAGCAUUAACUCUUCUCUGAAUGUCUGUCUCCUGGGACCUGUGAUACAGGUGUAGAAGUAUUUGUCACCAACUUCUUUGGUUUCAUGGUUCUCGUAGGAUGUUAAGUGUAAGAAACUGUAGGUAAAAUUCCAUGUAAAACAAAUUCUGUUAAUCAAGAUGGGCAUUAUAUUUUAAAAGUUUUAAAGUAGUUUCUCAGUAGUUAUUUAUGAACAACAAAGUGGUAUAGAAAGUCAUUUUUUGGAACUUUAUUACUGUGAAGGAGAAAAAGAAGUUAUUUCUUGAUAGUUUAUAGUUGAACACAUAAAUUUCUAAAAUAAUUCCAUACUAUACAAUCAUCUCUGAUCUUGCUGAUGGGAAGAAAUUAUACAUGUGUCAGUGUCGCUCCCGGCCGGCAGGAAAAACACACGACAGAUUCUGACGGUGUGCAACCUUGUCUUUAUUUGUCUCCGCGUGGGCCCCGCGAGGCCUCUGCUCUGCCACCAGUCCUUUCUUACCGGUGGACUUUCUCUAUCUCUCUCGUGCUUCUCUCUCGUGGCGGGAGAGGCACUCACUUUUAUAGGGUAACAGUGGCCAAUCAGUUCAAAGCGCGCGAUGCGGGCUGAUUGGCUAACAUCAGUUGUUGCUAGGCAGACUCUCUUACAGAGCGGGUUGUUUAGGUCGCCAGGGCAAUCAGGGGGCAGGAAGCAGGCGCCAACUUGGCUCACUCGAUGGGAGGGGUAAUCUAGCUCGGGCUUUGCUCUUUUCUACAGGCCUCACGUCCGCCAAGUAAGGCGACCGGGCUCGGCCGUGGCUCCCAACAUACAUGUGUCCUUUUUUACUCAAAUUUUGAUACUGAUUUCCACUUCUUAAAGCCUAGCAUCUUUUUAAUAAUUUGGUCCUGCAAGUUACAUGAUGCAGUAGCUCCCUGUUAGUCAUGAGGGAUAUGGUCUGAGACCCUCAGGUACCCAGGACCUUGUAUACAUUUUGUGUAUAUUAUGGUUUUACUUACACAUACAUACCUGUAUUGGGGUGCAGCUUACGAGUUAGACACAGUAAGCGACUAACAACAGUGACGAGUAAACAGCACAGGUGUAACCGUACACUGUGAUGUGCUUGCCAGCCUGCGCCUUUACUUCAGGACCCUUAUGAAGUGGAGUAAAGGUUAGCGAAGUGCAGGUGCACCUGCCAUGACGGUGGGUCUGAUACCUGAGGCGGUUACUGCCGGUAGUGUAUUCACGCGUCACUCGUGUUCCAGGGGGCAUGAGAUGUCCCAGUGCUACUUACAGUGCUGCGCGGUUUAAAAUAAGUGGGAUUUUUGUUGCUUUGCGCUGACCCACUGCGUGGGGUAACCCACCCCAUAGAAAGCACAGCCCCGGAAGGGAGACUUUGGAUGAUGAGGACCACUGUAGUGUAAUUUCUAACAGGAGUUUCCUGUACCAAGCAGAAAAUCCAUAGGAACCCACAGAGCAAGACACCUAAGAGGGCUCUAUGUGUUAAAGCUGACAGAAACUGUUGCUUCGUGGCAGGUUUUUUGUAACAAAGGGAAGUUAAAAUGAAAAGUACUUAGACCUUGAUUGUAUCAUAAAAAAGACCUGACUUGGCAGUGGAAAUAGAUAGGCUUCAUGAGGAACAUUAAUUUCACAGUAUAAUAGUGAUCGUAUUGGUACAGUGUUCAUUGGAAAUCACCUUUGGUUGCUGAUCUGCAGUCUGUGUGAGGGCAGCAGAGGCGCUGACCGCUGGUCCUGUGUGGUGCCCAUGUGCAGAGCCCCUGUGCAGUGCCUGUGUGCAGAGCCCGUGUGCAGUGCCCAUGUGCAGAUCCCCUGUGUAGAUCGCCUGUGCAGAGGCCCCGUGCGGUGCCCCUGUGCAGAGCCCGUGUGCAGUGCCCAUGUGCAGAUGCCCUCUGUGGUGCCCCUGUGCAGAUCCCCUGUGUAGAUCCCCUGUGCAGAUCCCCUGUGCAGAGCCCAUGUGCAGAGCUCCUGUGCGGUGCUCGUGUGGGGAGAGCCCCUGUGAAGUGCCCCUGUGCGGUGCAGUGCUUUGGACAUGGGUAGGAGCGUGAGCGGGGUUGUGUUGCUGGGAAGAGGCCGAGGCCCCCAGCUUUCAUCUCACAUGAACACGUAGUUUACAUCACCUGGCAUGUAGCUGCCUUGUUCAUUUUUUAGCAAACAUUAUGGAACACUUGACACGCACCAGACGCUCUCUGCACCAGGCCAUGGGGACAUGAGGGAGGACGGUUGGCCUUUCACUCCUGACACAGGGAGGAGGCAGACUGGGGUGUUCUAGGGUACAGUGCAGGGCUGUGUUCAGAAAAGGGCUGUGAAGGGAGGGACGCUGCUGAGAGUGACCAGCCAGAGCCGGGACUUCCAGAGCAGUGUCAGGGAGGCGGAAUGGCAGUAUAGGCCGUGGAGCCCGCGUGUGGUCCCUGAGUUGUGACUGCUGUGUCAUUGACUUUACAGCUGUCAUGUGUAGCUGGCUUCACCUUACUCACCCGAGCUGGAGACGGGUUGAUGAGGAAGCUGACGUCUCUCUGAAUGAGAGUAUGGUGUCCUAGCCCUGCUUUGGGACGCAGCUCACGGAGCACUUAAACAGAUUAACAAUUGCAAGUGUCUGUAAGUCAGUUAAAGCAUGACCAACCUUGGAGAAGGGAUUCCAUUGUGUCCACUCUUUGAAUGUUUUGCUGUGUGAACGUGGGAUGAUGUAAUCCACAGUGUUAUGAUAAUAGCACAGAAGUAUUGAAGGAACUGUGAAAUGUCUAAUCUGUGCAAAUGGUAUUGGCCAGUUCAGUGUAAGUUCAGUAGAUUGGUCUUCUUUGUCAGAAAGCCCUUGGAAACACAUUUUUAGUAGCAUUCGCUUUACUUGUAAAGAUUAGUGAUCACAUUACAGUUGAAGUUCACUUAGCCUGUUUGGUAGUCUGUUUGGUAGCCCCUAACCAUAGAAUUCAUUCAAAGCAAAACUAAUUCAUAACCUGUCUAAAGAAAUGUUUAAAGUAGUAUUGAGAUUAUUUAUGUAUAUUAUGCUACUGCUUGGAUGAUCAUGGAAUUGUAAAAUAAAUUAAUUUAAUUGUGAAAUUAAAUUAUUUCAGAUUAUUUACUUACCUAGAAGAAAUCUCUGUAAAAGGGAAAAAUAUUGUGUCACAUUUGCCUCUCUGGAACCUUAGUAGUAGUAAAACACAGGUUCAAAUGAAAGCUGUUGAAUAAGUCGGCAGAUCCUCGGUGCACUGUCUGAUGUAGACACCUUCUUCCCUACAGUGAAUUCAAGGUCAAAAGAGUUUGUUAUGGUAACACUCAUAUUUCGAGAUUUUGAUGUCAAAAUGUCAACUACUGAAGUUGAUGCAACAGUCAUUAAUAUUUCAGUAUGUGCUGGGCACAAGUCACUAAAUGAAGCUGAUACUUGUUAAUUCUAUUGUAGCAAUGUGCAGAUCUCUAACUCAACAGUGAAAAUGCCCAACUCCACUGCUUAAGGAUAAUUAGGUACUCACUGUAUGAUGAGUUAUUUAAAGUAUUAAAGGCCGGGGGUUUAGCUUAGUGACACAAGCGCCUGACUGGCAAGUGUGAGGAUGUGAGUUUGUCACCAGUAUCAAAAAAAAAAAAAAAAAAAUUACAGGUAGAGAUGAACCCAUAACUAAGGAUCAUACAUUAAUUAAACCAUCCCUAAGUCAAAUGCUGAUUUUGGGUUUUUUUUUCUGACUGAAAAAACAAAAGAGGAAAGGUUUAUUUUGGCUCUCAGUUUCAGAGGGUUCAGUCCAUAGUUGGCCAGCUUUCUUGCCUUCAGGCUCAUGGCAAAGCAGGAACAGCAUGGUGGGAAGCGGCGGAAGAUGGCCAUGCAUCUCAAAGCAGCCAGGAAGCGGAAGGGGAAAGACCCGGAGAAGAAAGGGCUGGAGAGUUACAGACCCUUCAGAGACACCCACGUUGCUCAUAAACUCGUCUGUGGGUCAGUGCAUUAAUGAGGUUGUUGCCCUUGAGACUCGAGCACCAGCCUCUGGACAUUGCUGCCUUGGGGAUCAAACUUCCAAUAAUGAGUCUUUGGGGCACAGUUUGUAUGACAUCAUAAGGCCAUUCAGGGAAAUACAGUGUUUAAAUCUCCGACUCAUCCUGUCCUCCCUGUUGUGGCACAGUACCUAACCCUGGGGCCUUAUGCACGCUGGGUAAGCACUCUACCCCUGAGUCACAUCCCAGCCCUCCGAGCUGCCUUUUCCGUAUCUCUGUUCAUAGCAGUCCUGAUCUUUCACUUGCUCAGGCCAGAAAUCUUGGAGCCAUCUUGGAGGCUUGUCAGACUUCAUAUCCAUCCUCAGCACAUCGGUUGGCGGUACCUUCAGAUCACAGAACGCGAGCACUUCUCAUCACUUUCUCUUCUGUUACGCUGGCCAAGUUCUCCUGAUUCCUUGUUCACCACGGUAGCUUCCCCUUCUCCCUGCUUUUACCCUUGUCUGCCUUGCCGCCUGUUCUCCACACAGCCACUCCGAUAAAUAAACAUCAUUUAGGCCCGAGGAUUCUGUGAGGCCCACGGGCUCCACGCUCCUCUCAAGUACACAUGAAAUACUUCAACAUAGAGGUGUGACCUGAAAGGACUUGGACCAAAAAUUGGAGCCUGUGCCCUUGUCUUUGGAGAUGCUCAGCCCCUCUUGUUACUGAUCUUGCUAGAAUGGCCUCCAGCAGAGUUCUUUCUAGACUACUACAUUGUCAGAGGUGUAGCUCAGUGGUAGAGCACUGGCCGUGUGUGCACAAGCAACUGGCUUUGAUCGCCAGCACUGCAAAAAGAAAAACCAGAAAUUGGUAAUCAGAUUUUCCUGCGUAUGUAGACCUCACCUUUGGGUUAAGUCCUCAGCCUCUUCAGCUUUACUUUCUGCACUUCUAACAAUCUACCAGCCAUCAUUACUGUUCCAGUGAUGCCGGCCAUGUCUUUCAAAAAUUGAGUUACACUUAAAGUCCAGGUUCCAGUGAUGACUUAACCAGCCUUACCUGACGGGAAGGACCAUGUAGCUCCUGCCAUCCUGCUUUUUUUUUUUUUUUUUUUUUAACCUCUUAACCUUUGUCUUUGCCUUUGAAACCAAUUUCUCAUUACACUUGUGUCAACAUUCUUUGAAAGCUUCCUUUUAGCCAACAUGUCUGGCCCACAAGAAAUCACCUAAUUGCAAGCCUUGCUCCACACUUGUGAUGGUGAGCUUGUCAGAGACUGGGUGCCAGGCUGCGACCCAAAACCCACUGAAUUAUGCCAGGUGCCAGCACUGCAACUAAACUGAAUGCUGAGGUUUUGGUUUAGAAAAAAACAGCAAAAAACCAAAACAACUCUACGUUGACAUCCCUUUUAAAAACAGUAAGGCAUUUGCCAUUGGUUUGCACUACUGCUCUCUAGACAUUAUCUCAUCUAAGGGGGUUCUCUCAAGGUUAAUUUUCUGUCCAUCUGGAAAAAGCAGUGUUUUCUGCUUGACACAUCUUCCCAUGGGAAAAGUAUAUGUGGUGUUCUGCAAAUUUCAUAGAUUCCCUAAAAGUGGGUUAAGACAACAAAGUAGUCUAUCUGUGGUCCCUGGGCUUCCUGGGACCAUCCUUGCUCCCCUCCUCUCUUUCUCCUUCCCUCCCUUUUUUUUCCAGGUGGUUAUUCUCAGGCCUUAGUAUGUGUUGCAGUUAGGGGCUGCAAGGAGAACGAUUAUGUACAGGACACAAUUUAUAAUAUUAUUUUAUAAUGGUCACCCAGAAUUAAAGAAAAUGCAGGAAAUCUGUCCACAACACUAAAGACCUAGAAAAUCCAGCUAAGGACCUGGAUCCUACAGCAGCAUCCUGCAUGAGUUCAGAUGAAGACCUGGAACCCCUCUCAGUGCCUCCCACGAGUCCAACUGGAGGCCUAAAACCCACAACAAUGACUUAUGCAAGUCUGCUUCACAGAUCUAUGCUGGGAAGGCCCAAAGGUCAAUGGUGGAAGCUAGAAAGUCUGUGCUAGUGGGGUGAAGAAUCUGUGCCAGUAGGUUGAUAGUUCAACACUGGAACCGAGAAGGGAUGCUUAAAAAUAAGGACCAGCACUUCCCUGAGCUCCACUCCUCUCAUGCUGAGAACAGUCGAGUUCAUAUCAGGAAGCCAGCGUGACAAGCUUCACCUGGAGAUUAAACUGCACACCUUUCCCUCCAGCACCAACAGGUGGUGCUCAACGUAAGGACCAGAGCUCUCCCAAAGAGGGCCACAGCCACCCUCACCAACAAGGUCCCAAGCUUCUCUAGUGCUAACAGCCGAGUUCAUAUCAGGGGAGCCAGCAUGACAAGCUUCUCCAGGAGAACCAAUGGCUCCAACCAACACUUAGGGGAACCCACAAUACCAUGUCUCCUUUUUAUGCUGUCAACUUUCCUCAGGUGGGCCAUCCACACGUGGCACCAUGCUGAUUUAAUUCAGUUUUUAGUCCAUAACAGUGUGCUUCUGGACCACUUGUUGGCAUCUUUAAAACUUCUAGACCCAUGCUCCAAAUUUCUAAUUUUGUGGGUUUGAGGCUGGGGCAGGAUUUUAUACUUCUAAUUGUUUCCCAGGUGCUAUGGUGCAGCCUGUCCUAGGGUCACACAUUUGUGCUCCCCUGGCACAAAUGCUUCUUAAAUUUGGCUACACUGAAAUCAGUACCUGGAGAACUGUAUGUCCAGGCAACCCUCAAAGCAAAUUUAAUUUGGAUCUCAAAGUCAGUUCCAUGCCUCAGUGUUAAAAAUAUUAAUUUGUCAGAUAAUCACAAUGCACUGAAAAUUUUUGAGAACCAUGGCCUACAGGCUUGAAUUUAAUUGUGCUUUGGGCCCUGUUACAGCGGUGUCCUAGAAAAACCCAUCCUGUGGCACCUGAGAUGAUCUAUACUAUUACAAGGAGAGAAGACUUCAUCACUGGAGUCACUAAAGUGAACCAACUGGCCGAUGAAUAAGAGAGAAAGGCCUUCAAAUGUGUUUCAUCAUCUUUAUGUGACACAAAAACCUCCAGGAUGAAAACCCAAGACCCAAGACAGAGUAUCCAUUUCUAUGAAGCUUAGACUGUUGUGCAUAAGUUACCUGGACAGAAGGGCAUGCUUUCAUAGCUGUAGGCCGAGUGGGACAGCCCAGAGAGGCCUGCUUGUUUAGGUCUUCUUGGCCUCUGCGCAGCAUCCUUUCUCCGCAUGUGAGGGGCUGCUUCUUAAAUGAAGUCUUAAUGAUCUUUCAGACAGGUAGGCCAGCUCUUAGAAGGGCAGAGGGAGAUUGAGAGUUGUAGCUUGGUAUAACUGAGGCCAUCUUGUGCCCUGCAUUUGACUCGUGCCCUGCAUUUGACUCGUGCCCUAUAUUUGAAAUUUUUUUUUUUUCUUUUUGAGACAAGGUCUCUAUGCAGUUCAGACUGGCCUUGAACUCACUUUGUAGCCCAGGCUGGUCUCACUUGCAACGAUCCUCCUGCCUCAGCCUCCCGAGUGCUGGGAUUACAGGUGUGAGCCACCACACCUGGUUUAUAUUUGAAAAAUUACUCAGGGUACAAAUCCCAUGAGAAAAGCAGAAUAAGAGAAAAAAUUAAUGUGCUCAACAAAGAAGCAGGAUACAGGUGUCGACCAAAAUUAAUGUAAGAUUCUAGCUAAAUUGUUUCCAACAAGAUGUCUUGUUUUGAGGUUUUCUGUUCCCAUGUCUUGUAACCCUCCAGUUUGGGGCCACUCGUUUUGACUCUCAAACAGGGGUCUAUGCAAGUGGCUGCUGAGUUCAGCUAAUAAAAUUCCAAACUUUAUCAAUUUGGCUGCUUGGAUUCCUAUAUUGUUUAUGAACCCAUUUCAAGAGUAAUAUUCUUUGGCUCCACGGCUUGCUUUGGGUUAGAGAGGCUUUGGUUUGUAUGACUUCACUUGGGGAAGAAAAAUUCUAGUUUCUCUAGCAGGCCUUAUGAUGAGGAAGUAGAACUGGAGACGUGGCUAGUAUAUCACAGAGAAACUUUGUUCUGAGGCUGCUUCUGGGCCCUUUAUUUUGGGGAAAUCAUUUUCUGUGCCCCAACAUUAUAUAUUAGAUUUCCUACUUGUGGGAAGCAAGUGAGGUCAAAAGAGGCAGACAAAUAGAAACUGAGCUUAACCAGGCAUGUAGAAGGUGAGCUACCUACCCCACGUGAGUGGAAAGCAGUGCUUGCAGAUCACUUGAUAGAAGACUCUUUAGAAACCAUGCUUCUUGUAUUUAUGAAAGAGAAAGGGAAGAAUGAGAGGCCUGAAGACUCACUAAAAUGAGCCGAAUGUACUGUGAUCUUACUUUACUUGUGGCUUAAAAGUUCUACUCAAAGGAAAUGAUAAAUGGGGGCCCAUUCAAAGCCAUGUAAACCCCACAUAAGCUGCCAGGUUGAAUCCUACAGCAGUGUGGCUAAUAUUCAGGUCUUGCUUUGUCAUGCAUUUGGAAAUGAGUAAAAGAAGACUGAAAUAAUUUUGGCUUCCAAACAGAGAAUCGAACUAAGAUUGACUUUUAAAGGAGAUUUUAGCAGGCUCUAUAAUAGGGUCCUGUGGGGAGACUUUGAUUUCAGCCACCUGCUGAGAUGUGGGGAGUGUUCUCUUCCAGCUUGGCUCAGUGAGGCUGCUCUCUUAUGUUUGUUUAUAAAUGGGUAGGCCUAGAUGACUAUAUUUGAAUCAUGACAGCAUUAGAGUUCAAGGAUGUCCAGGAGAGAAGGCUAUCUCCAGCCUGUUUUCCUUCACACAGGAUCUGUUUCCCAGCUACCAAGUCAGAGGGCAUGGUUUGUAAUUUUGGUUUCAUAUUUAGCUCACAGAAUAGGAUCUACUUUUCUCUACCUUCGGAGAUUUUGCUUGUUGGAAAUUUGACCUCACAGAGAUGAGUUAUACUUAACUCCUACUGCUUAAGUCUGAGCUGGUGCUUCAGAUUUCCAGCUUGUUCAGUUUUGUGUCCAGCAACCAGGGUUAUUAUUCUCGUUUUGAACUAUAUUCUUAACACUAGCUAGAGCCACCUCUCACGUACCAUGAAGUUUGAACUCCCUCAGAAAUGCUUCACUGUGGUGAAGUUUUGCAAUUCUUAAAUAACUUGUUCGAAUAAACCUUUAUCGUCCUAAUUGUUCAGAAGCACCAUGUGCUUUCCUUAAUUACAAAAAUCUUUAGUCUUGGUACACAUUUGUCUCCUUCUCAUUGGUUGUAUGUUGUAUGCAUCCCCUUUUCAAAUUUUAAAUUGAGAUGGACAUGUGAGAAGCUUUGAAUUCCAUAUCAUUUCUCCUGCUGGAAUCUUUUAGCUUUCUGUUAAUUUCUCUGACUUUGUCCUUAACCCUGAAGUGGCAUCUUAAAAUCCACACAAAACUCCCAUCUCCAUUUCCUGGUUGCUACUUGUGGUGACCAGUUACAACUCUAGCUGUUCCCAGGAGGAAGGCUGGUGAAAGGAUAAAAAAAUAAAGAAAAGAGACCAAAGCUGGGGUCAAGUGGAGCCCUCCUUCCUGAUGGGAGCGGAGGAACAGCUCAACCACUGUAGCACAUUUAUUUAUACGCUCAGGAGGAUGAUGACAAUUUCAACCCUGCUGCCUCUCAACUUGUUUGCCUGGCUGGCCUGGGCCCCUUAUGUUCUUGGAGCUGAAACACCUUGUUUAUAUGACUUGCUUUGGGCUCUCUGUAUUUGCAGGGCUGGCCUUGCUUUAGCCCAACACAUGUGAUCAAUCUCCAGCUUCAGCAGCUCCCUAUUGUAGCUUCUCAGGAAUGGCCUGUGGUUUUUUAAUAGCUUACACCAGAGACUUCAAUGCUUAUUCAACAGUUUCCAAAACAAAGCAAGUCUUUUAAGGAGCUAUCUUAGGUUGCUGAGACAAAAUACCUCACACCUGCAAUUUAAAGAAGAGAGGUGUAUUCAGGAUCACAGCUUCAGAGGGUUCAGUCUAUGGUCAGGUAGCCCUAAGGCACAGACAUCAUGGCAGAAGGGCCUGGGUAAAGUUGCUCACAUCAUGUCAGCCAGGAAGCAGAGACAGAGAAAGCCAGGAAGCAGAGAGGAAGGAGCUGGCACCAGCAGAUACAGUCCCCUGGGUUAUGACCUACCCCUACACUCCCACAAGCGUGUUUUAUUCCCGUAGGGAUUUCUUAAACUAAACUAAUCAAGAUGAUAAGAGUAACCAUAUACCUUGGUAGAUGGGCACGAACGGAGCUUUGCGUCAGGCCCAGAAGGUACACUGACUCUUCUUGCUUCUUACAGUACAAUUGUAACCGAAAGUCUCUCAAUGAUAGAUUGAACAUCCCUUCUGAAAUCCUUACUCUCAUGUUGCUCCUUAACCACUUUAGUGAGCUGAAAAACAGGUCUCUCGAAGAAGUUUAAUCUCAGAGUAGUUGCACACUAAUCCUCAUGGCCUGUGCAGGGUUAAUCUCUGCACAGUAUCUCAAAUCCUGUAUCUGGCUUUCAGAUUCAUGAUGUAGUUGCUUUCCUACUCAUUUCUGGAGGGGAACUUUUGUACAGAUUCAGUCCUGCAUUUUAGCACAAAGGAUCCCAGGUGAAGAAUCAAUAAUGCCUCAUGCCAAUUGGGUUCUGUAGACUCUGCAAUCUAACUUGCUUUGUCUGCACAGUACCUUAAUCCGGGCAUGCAAAUCAGCAGGUCUUUGUGAUUCCCUAAGUAGUUCUAUCAAAAUGUCAUGUGUUUAGCAAUUUUAUUUAAGAUUUGACAAGUUCUUGGGUUGGCUUACAUCAAACACUGAACAUCCUUCAACAUUUGAUUUGGUUUUCUGGCUCACCUUGUCCUCUCUUCUCAAGAGAAAACAAUUUCCCUUCCUUGUUUCAUACAGAGGUUCUGAAGCCUUGGGGUUGGGAGAGGUAUCUAUGCUCCUCAGUGGUUCACUUUAAGUGGGCUUAUUUAUGAGACUGUGUAUCUAACAAUGGCAAGAUUUCUUGCUAAAAGGAAUUCUCAAGGUUUUGUUAAGAGAAGAAACACGUCCUCCUUUUAUUGGUCCCAUCCAAGAUGGUGUUAAAACAGUUUAUGAACAUUUUUCCACAUAAUCCUUAGCAGUCUUUUGAAGGAAGCAGGGUUAUUCCAUUUCUGAAGAGACAGUGAGACUCAGAGAAGUUAUGAAAUUUAAAAGCAUAUGGCUGGUGGAUGGUGGAACUGAAGAGUCUAGAGUGCCAUUGUUAGCCUGUGUUUUUAUUAUCUUAAGUAUCAACAAUAUUCCUGACACGAGGCUGAUUUGUAAGAUCCUUACUCUUGUUGUACUUUGUGCAGUAUCAUGCCAGAAUGUACAAUAAAUGGGUCUAAAUAGGACAAAGAUCUCUAUCCUCAAAAGCAAGGGUACAUACACCUUAUAUAUUUAAAUACAUAUUUUAUAUUAUUAGAAAUCUAUGCCUAUGCAAAUGGAUUGAGCAAACUUUUAAUGCCUUUAGCAUUAAAGCAUUGUCUAUUGGUUGUAUGAGGUUAACAAAUAACACAACCGAAUAAUUACUAUUUAUUUAGAGAAAGAUACUGUUUUGGUUUCUCUCAACUACAGUGUAAAACACAGGAGGUGUCCUAGGUUCUUAAGAACACACUGCGUUUGGCUUAUAAGGCACAUUCACUUGAAAAACUGUUGCAAAAAUAAAAAAGAACAGUGUUAAACAGUGGUGCAGGUGAGUCAGUACUAGAAUCCUAGGGUUACAGAAGUCUACACUGAACAGGUGAAAUUUCAAUAGUUUUAUUUUUACUUUCCUUACAGUUUUACAGUACAUAACUACAUUGCUCUUGGGGAGUUGGCACAUGCACAGCACACACCGUUCAUUCUUUAACUGUCCUCUUUCCCAUCCUUCCCACAUCUCGUGAGCCCCUUCUCAUUUGCAAAAGUUCUAUCCCUGUUUCCUAUUAUCUUUUACUUUGCUUUUUAAAUUAUACUUUGAGUUUCUAUUAUCAGGAAACCAAGCAAUAUUUAAACUUGUGAGUCUGACUUACUUCACUGAGCAUUAUGGUCUGAGGGUGCCUCCAGUUUCCUACAAAUGACUCAAAUUUAUUCGGGCCAGUUUGAAGGAGGAUCUGAAGAGAUGCAGAGAAGCUGGAAGUACAUUCCAGGUGGGAGGAUCCCGGGAACUGCACCGUCUCCCGGCCACUUCCUCCUGAAACCGACUAGCUCCCCCACCAGCUCCUCACGCGUGGAGACCCCAGCGCAAAAGGUUCCUCUUCCAUAAAUACGUCCUGAGUCUUCUUUCUGGCGCCGGGAGUAUCCGACAGCGCGAGAGUGGCCGCGCUUCCGCUUCCGGUCCUCCAGGCUCCGCCUCCUGGGAAGGGGCUCCGGGCCUGGAGAGAGCGGGGAGCCCACGCGGCUGCGCAGGCGCAGAGAGGGCGGCUGCAAUGGCGUUGUCGUGCAACCUGAACAGAUAUCUGCUGCUUAUGGCGCAGGAGCAUCUGGAAUUCCGCCUGCCGGAAAUAAAGUCUUUGCUUUCACUUUUUGGAGGUCAGUUCUCUAGCAAUCAGGAAAGUUAUGGAAAGUCUCCAUUUUGGAUUCUUAACAUUCCCUCCGAAGAUAUUGCAAGAAACUUAAUGAAAAGGACAGUGUGUGCCAAGUCCAUAUUUGAGCUGUGGGGUCACGGAGAGUCAGCCGAGGAGCUGCACAGUUCUCUUAAAAGUUACCCCCUGGAGAAGAUGGUUCCAUUUCUGCACCCAGACUCUACCUAUAAAAUAAAAAUCCACACGUUUAACAAAACACUGACCCAGGAAGAAAAAGUCAAGCGAAUCGAUGCACUUGAAUUUCUGCCGUUUGGAGGAAAAGUGACCCUAAAGGACCCACAGCACAUAUUCUGUAUUCUGGAGGACUAUGGUUUGAACCCAAAUUGCAUCCCCGAGAAGCCACAUAAUAUUUAUUUUGGUAGAUGGAUUGCAGACGGGCAGAGAGAGCUGAUCCAGUCCUACAGUGUCAAAAAGAGACACUUCAUCGGGAACACAAGCAUGGAAGCCGGCUUGUCAUUCAUAAUGGCCAACCACGGGCGGGUGAAGGAGAACGAUGUUGUCUUCGACCCCUUUGUGGGGACAGGUAGCCUCCUGGUGGCCUCAGCUCACUUCGGCGCCUACGUGUGCGGCACGGACAUCGACUACAACACGGUUCACGGCCUGGGAAAGGCUACUAGGAAAAACCAGAAGUGGAGAGGACCAGAUGAAAACAUCAGGGCAAACCUUCGUCAGUAUGGUUUGGAGAAGUAUUACCUUGAUGUCCUGGUUUCAGAUGCGUCCAAACCCUCCUGGAGGAAGGGCAUGUAUUUUGAUGCAAUCAUCACUGAUCCUCCAUAUGGUAUCAGAGAAUCUACAAGAAGAACAGGGUCACAGAAGGAAAUACCCAAGGGGCUAGAGAAAUGCCCUGAAAGCCACGUUCCCGUUUCCCUGAGUUACCACCUGAGUGAUAUGUUCUUUGACCUGUUAAACUUCGCAGCGGAGACCCUCGUAUUGGGCGGAAGACUGGUCUACUGGUUGCCCGUGUAUACACCAGAGUACACCGAGGAGAUGGUGCCCCGGCACCCGUGCCUGAGACUCAUUAGCAACUGCGAGCAGAAGCUUUCGAGCCACACGUCGAGGCGCCUGAUCACCAUGGAAAAGGUGAAGACAUUUGAGAACCGGGACCAGUAUUUGCAUCUGCUCAGCGACCACUUCCUGCUAUAUCAAGGUCACAAUUCCUUCCGGGAGAAGUAUUUCAGUGGCGUCACAAAAAGAAUUGCCAAGGAGGAAAAAUCCAGCCAGGAGUAACAAUUUAGCAUUUGAUUUUUUAAAAAAGAUUAUUUCACAGAAAAGGCAUCAGGAUAUGAACUUUCAUGUAUGAGCCAGGAAACAUGGAGUCUUUUUAAAAAUUUUUUUCAUAUAAAAAUGUACAAAGUGAAUUGAGUAAUUUUAAAGUAGCUUUGUUAUAGAGAUGUUUAUUGUAUAUGUCGUGAACUGUUUUUGAACCUUAUUUAACUUAUAUUUGUACUUUCAAAUAUUCAUGGAGAUUGAAUCAGCUGUUAUAUUUUUUUACAAUUAAUUUACAAAGAAAAUGUCUUUGACCUUUUAAAAUUGUCUGUGCCAAUGCUGCGGGCAGUGAAGAGUGGUUAAGAAUUUAUUCCUUUGUAAAUCUGCUUGUUUCGACUUCUGAUUGUAACUGAUUUAUUUAUGUGACACCAGUAAACUUGACUAUGAUUUUUCUAAAACCA